CUCACUCUCCACCGUUGGAUUACCCACGAGUUGGGAGAUAAAACCCUUUCUUCAUGGUUAUCUUCAAUUUGGAAACCCCAACGAUCAAAUCAAAUAAUCGAAACAAAAAUUAGGUCUUGUCUUACUUCUCUCUGCCUCAUUUUCUCAGUAGCAGGUGGGACUAAUAAUCCCACAAACCUCACCGAUCCAAUGACCUCUAAGUUAAUUGCUUCCAAUCUCCGUCACCACCUCACAAAAUCAGCCAAAAUCCUUCGGCCCCAGUUUCUCUCCACGGCUGUGGAGGCGGCGGUGCCAGAACAAGAUGGGGACAGCUCUUCGGGAAUGACUAUGAAGGGCGUUCGAAUCUCCGGAAGACCCCUCUAUCUGGACGUCCAGGCAACGUCUCCGAUGGACCCGCGUGUAGUUGACGCCAUGCUGCCUUUCUAUCUCUCUCGUUUUGGAAACCCUCACUCUCGCACCCACUUCUACGGCUGGGAAUCGGACGAGGCCGUGGAACACGCGCGCGCUCAGGUGGCGUCCCUCAUAGGCGCGUCCCCUAAGGAGAUAAUCUUCACCUCCGGUGCGACAGAAUCCAACAACAUCUCCGUCAAGGGCGUCAUGCAUUUCUACAAGGACAAGAAACGGCACGUGAUAACCACCCAGACGGAGCACAAGUGCGUGCUCGAUUCCUGCCGCCACCUCCAGCAGGAAGGUUUCGAUGUCACCUAUCUUCCGGUUGAGUCUGACGGGUUGAUUGAUUUGGAGAAGCUUAGGGCUGCGAUUAGGCCCGAUACGGGGCUUGUUUCGGUGAUGGCGGUGAACAAUGAAAUUGGAGUAGUUCAGCCGGUGGAGGAAAUUGGUAGAAUUUGCAAGGAGUUUAAUGUGCCGUUUCACACUGAUGCGGCUCAGGCGUUGGGGAAGAUUCCGAUUGAUGUGGAUAAGUGGAAUGUGAGUUUGAUGUCGUUGAGUGGGCAUAAGGUUUAUGGUCCUAAGGGAGUUGGGGCUUUGUAUCUACGUCGGAGGCCAAGGAUUCGGGUUGAGCCUCAGAUGAACGGAGGUGGCCAAGAGAGGGGGAUUCGGAGUGGUACUGUUCCCACUCCUUUGGUUGUGGGCAUGGGUGCGGCGUGCGAGGUGGCUAAAAACGAGAUGGAGUAUGAUGAGAAGAGGAUUUCUAGUUUGCAACAAAGACUCCUUAAUGGGAUUAGAGAGAAGCUUGAUGGGGUGGUGGUGAAUGGGAGCUUGGAGAGGCGCUAUGUGGGGAAUUUAAAUUUGUCUUUUGCGUAUGUUGAAGGGGAGAGUUUGCUCAUGGGGUUGAAGGAGGUGGCUGUGUCCAGUGGCAGUGCCUGCACUAGUGCUAGCCUGGAGCCUUCGUAUGUUUUGAGGGCGUUGGGAGUGGAGGAGGACAUGGCUCACACUUCUAUUAGGUUUGGAAUUGGGAGGUUCACUACCGAGGCUGAAAUUGACAGAGCAGUGAAGCUCACUGUUCAGCAGGUUGAGAAAUUGAGGGAAAUGAGUCCGCUGUAUGAAAUGGUCAAGGAAGGGAUCAACAUCAAGGAUAUUCAAUGGGCGCAGCACUGAUCAUUAAGCUUUCCAAUUGCAUUUCAGUACAGAUGAUCACAAGAACUUCUCCAACGCAUCCUAGCUUUCCCCUCCCACAGCUUAAGGAUUACCUGCCAAGUUUAGCACUAUCUUUGUUCUUGGGUGGUGGAUUAGGGGAGCAAUCGCAGGUAUCAUUUUUUUUUGUUUUUUUUUUUAAUGUUUUCUGUUAGUUUGUACUGUGGGCAUUAAACUAUCUAGUAUUGAGGCAGAACCUCUUUCCUUGCCUUGGUAAUGUCAAUAAAGGUUGGUCCAAUGGGGCUCAUAUCGUUUCAA